UCAUUUGAUUUUUUCGAAACAUAAUAAUGUACAUACAUAUGUACAUAUAUAGGAUACAUAUUUACUCAUUUCAUAUCUCACACCAUAAACUUAUCAUGCACAUAACCGCUCCCCUCUCUCGCUCUUCCCAUUCGCAACAUGCCACCAUGUCGCCAAUAUCGCAAUCGGACUCACAAUAGCAGCAGAAGAAGAUACACUAUUACUACCAGUUACGUCCACAGGUACACCAUGGAGUCCUGGCGCAAGUUGCGCGCUCGUAUCGAGACAACCAAGCUGCCCGAAGAUGUCGACGACGGCCUGGAACGUCUAGAGGACUACAUACAGCGUUGGCGUUCCGUACGCAUCAUUUACUUCACCAUGUUCCUGAUGGCACUAGGCUUUAGUAUAAUACUUACUGGUAUUUGGCCAUUUUUAAGCGAGCUAGAUCCCAAUGCGGGCAAGGAGUUUAUGGGUCUGAUUGUGGCUGCCAAUCCGUUGGCUCAAAUGAUCUUUAGUCCCAUCUUUGGCUGGUGGGGCAAUAAACUAGGCACCAUUCGUCUGCCGCUGUUGAUCUCCCUUGGUCUCUUUACGAUUGCAAGUGCGCUGUAUUCGUCUCUGGAGCUGGUCGGGGAUAAUGCCAAAUACUGGAUGUUGAUCUCGCGAUUCCUAAUCGGUGUCAGCUCGGCCAAUAUUGCCUUAUGCCGCUCCUAUUUAUCGGCUGCAACACGUCUCAGUGAACGCACACAUGCAGUGUCCAUGGUCUCACUUGCCCAGGUGUUGGGCUUCAUCAUUGGUCCCGGUUUGCAGGCUCUGGUCACGCCGCUUGGUCGCCAAGGUUACAUUUGGCUGUGGGGUGGCAUGCAUGUGAAUAUGUAUACUGCGUCCGGUUGGAUUAAUGUGGUCAUGAGCAUGAGCAACUUUGUGAUGUUUCUGCCAUUUAUAUUUCAGGAACACAAGAUUGCCGCUCGUGAGAUUAUGGUGCUGCAAGGCGGCACCUCGGAGCGCGACACCUGGAAGGCCAUCAAACCGAACUACUUGUCCGCCUGGACUUUGAUUGUAGCCUUCUUUGUGCUCGUAUUCAACUUUGUAUUGCUAGAAACCUUGGGCACUUCGCUGACCAUGGACAUGUUCGCUUGGACUAAUGACGAGGCGCUCUCCUAUAUGGGCAUCUGUAUGGCCGUCGCUGCUAUCAUUUCGCUAGUCACUUUUGUGCUCAUCGAACCAAUGUGCAAACUAUUUGCGGAGCGCUUUGUACUCAUUUGGGGCGGCUUUUCUUUGAUGGUCAUAGGUCGACUGCUGUAUAUCCCCUGGGGACCAGAUCCCCCCAAACUGGCCGCCGCUUAUAAUGCUAGCGCCAAUCUGAGCAGUAGUGACCCCAUCUAUUUGGGUUGCCCACCCACGCAGGAUUGGUGCCCAGAUCUACCAGCGUUAACAUUGACACAGUUCAUCCUUGGGUUUGCGCUGACCUCAGUCGGCUACCCCAUUGGCGUCACGUUGAUACAGACAAUAUUCUCCAAGGUGCUGGGUCCACGUCCACAAGGCGUCUGGAUGGGCAUGCUGACUGGAGCUGGCUGCUUGUCGCGUGUAAUGGGUCCCGUGUUCGUUGUCUCCAUCUAUACACGCCUGGGCACAUAUUGGACUUUCGGUUUCACUUCGGUUAUGAUGAUUGUAUCGAUGAUCUGGCUUUUAUGCAGCAAUCGAUUACUCAUUCCGCCAACGAUCGAUAAUUUAGCAAAAGUUGUGGAGUUGCAAGAACUACAUAAGCCCAAUGACAAAUCCAAUGCGGACGCAAACUUGGCCAUUGAUGAUGAUGCAGAUGAGCUAUUGGCGCCAUCCAAGAGCAUUCAAAUUGUGAACAGUUCCAAAACGUAGCAGUAUUGGAGAAAUGAAAAUCAAAGAGAGAAAGGUGCAAUACACUAAUACUGCCUUUAAGUUUAACAAUGAAUUUUUAGAAAAUAAUCCGUUUUACAGCAGAUAAUGAACUGGUAGUAAGUUAUGAAAAUACGUUUAACAAUAUAUAUUUUUCGACAUAUUUAUAAAA